UGAACCUUGCAUCCCGUGACUUGAGAGAGUGACUCCAGCAGAAGAAGAGGACUGUCGCCCCUUCCAGUGAUCAUCCCUUUGUAACCCCUGAGAAGCAGCACCGCCAUGGCCCAGAAAACCCUCGCGCCCGCCCUCCCGGAGGACAUAGACAGGGGUAGGCCUACCUCACACCAACGUGUGGCUGGGGCAACCAGUGUGCUGGUGCAGCGAGCCAAUGAGAUCCGCCUGCAGAAGGUCAGCUGGCCCUCAUACCUCCAGUCACUAAUGAUCAGCCAGGAGGACUAUGAGGUCAUCAUGGGUGUGGAAGCCUCAGGGCAGAGUCGUGCUGUGCUGCUCCAGAACCAGCGUUACCAGGUGGCCCGCACCUUCAUGAACCUGCUGGGCCACAUCAGCAAGGACCAGACCAUCCAGUACAUCCUCAUCCUUGUUGAUGACAUCCUCUCAGAGGACAAGAGCCGCGUGGAGAUCUUCAAGGAGUAUGCCCGCAAGCACCGUGAGAGCAUGUGGAGUCCCUUCCUAAACCUGCUGACGCGGCCCGACACCUUCAUCAUCAACAUGACGGCACGCAUCAUUGCCAAGCUGGCCUGCUGGUCUCACGAGCCCAUGGACGGCUCAGACCUCACCUUCUAUCUCACCUGGCUCAAGGACCAGCUCAGGACCCCGAACAACGAGUACAUGCAGUCGGUGGGUCGGUGCCUGCAGAUGAUGCUGAGGGUAGAGGAGUACCGCACCGUCUUCUACCAGCUGGAUGGAGUGGUCACCAUUGUCCAGGUUUUGAGCACUGGCAAGCUGAACUUCCAGAUCCAGUAUCAGCUCACCUUCUGCCUGUGGGUGAUGACAUUUAAUAAUGCCAUUGCAGAUAAGAUGAAUAAGUACAGUGUCAUCCCAACCCUGGCAGACAUUCUGAGUGAGAGUGUGAAGGAAAAGGUGACUCGCAUUGUUCUGGCGGUGUUCAGGAACCUCAUUGAGAAGUCUGAGGAUCCUGCCAUCGCACGGGAGAACUGUAUCCAGAUGGUGCAGUGCAAGGUCCUCAAGCAGCUGGAGAUUCUGGCCCAGAGGAAAUUUGAGGAUGAGGACAUCACUUCUGACAUUGAGUAUUUGAAUGAGAAGCUUCAGACCUCCAUUCAGGACCUUAGCUCGUUUGAGGAGUACUGUUCUGAGGUGAAGUCUGGCCGCAUGGAGUGGUCACCCGUGCACAAGAGUGAGAAAUUCUGGCGUGAGAAUGCCGGCCGCCUCAACGAGAAGAACUAUGAGCUGCUUAAGAUUCUUAUCAACAUUCUGGAGACAAGCAAGGACACACUGGUGCUAUCUGUGGCCUGUCACGACAUUGGGGAGUACACACGCCACUACCAUCGGGGCAAGAGAGUGCUGGAGCAGCUGGGAGGGAAGCAGUGGGUGAUGCAGCACCUCACCCACCCUGACCCCAGUGUUCGCUAUGAGGCUCUGCUUGCUGUACAGAAACUCAUGGUGCACAACUGGGAGUAUUUGGGGAAGCAGCUGGAAAAGGACGCACAGCAGAGCACACCAAGAACCUGAUCAGUUUGUACAGUUUGCUCACCACCACAGGUAACAUCAAAGUACUGUCAGGUUGUGUUGCAGAUAACAUUGAGAGUUAUUGUUGUGAUGUGUAUGUGUCUAUUGCAGACUAUGAAAUAGUGUCAUGUUAUAUAAAUCUGUAUGAUGUAUGUUGUUUUACAAAUUGAGAUUUUAUUGUAAUUAAUGUCUUUUAGACUUUUGUUGUAGAAAUGUUGAUAACUAGGGUCUCUUAUGUUGGGGUAAGGAUGUUGGUUGGGGUUAUAAUAGAGAACGAACAUUCCAAAACCAGCCUCAGUAUUGGGUUCGGGAAAACACAUUACAACAAGGGGGUUGGUGAGCUGAUGAACUACACAUGUCUUAUCAUUUGGCAGUGGCAGCAGACUCUGUCUUUUAGCCAGAUCUGUUUUCUUAUUGAUGGCAGCAGACUGAGCUACCUCUUCUUCAGAUAUGUAUACUUAGUAGUGGUAGGUAACUCCGGUGUUUUGAGGCAGAUUUGUGAGACCAGUCUUGAGGCACACCACUAGCCAAUACUGCAGAAGUACUCCAGGGGGUAUGUAGUAAAUGUAAUUAUAUCGUGUCUACAGUUGUUUGGCAGUGUUUUGAUUCAGGGAUGACACAGAUUCCAUUCAUAGUGUUAUUGUUAGUAAUGCAUUUCAACAGGGUGCUGCUGUUCACUGGCUGUAGUCAGCCAACUCCCUAGCCCCAGUGUUGUCUUCCAGAAGUGUGUGUGUAUAAAGUACUGUGCACAAAGUGUCCUAGGAUGUUAAAUUGUGUAUAUAUUACGUAAAUUUGUUUAACAAC